UCGAUUUUAUCCUUUGGUGUUAAUUAUUUUUCUUCAUUUCCAAGAUUUUGAAUCUGCUGAGAGAGUAAUCACUCUGUUGAAUGCGUCGUUUGUUUUCAUUUAUAUGAGCGUUGCUGCAUUGUGGUUGUACAUUUUGAAUGGGAGAAGGUAGAAGAAGAUAGAUGAACAGGUGAGCUUUCUGAAAAGCAAAUGAAAUAUACAGCAUCCUCUAUAGGUGCAACAUAUCAGACACCUUCUCUGAAUUCCUGCAUAAAUGAAGCGAUGAUAGGAGAAGUUGUUCCCUCUACUGGUUCUUAUGCUCCACUCAGCGGGAGAUUCUGGAGUGCUGGGGACUAUGAAGAUCAACCGAACACUCAGUCAACGUCACAUAGAGAUUUUGGAAAUCGUCUCUGUGUCCAUCCCAAGUUUCUACAUUCAAACGCUACUUCACAUAAGUGGGUCUUUGGAGCAAUAGCAGAGCUUCUUGAUAACGCAUUUGAUGAGGUAAGUAAUGGUGCUACAUUUGUCAAAAUCGAUAAACUUAGUAAUCAAGGCAAACCUUCAUUAUUAAUUCAAGAUGAUGGUGGUGGAAUGGAUCCAAUACUCUUGCGGCGCUGCAUGAGCUUUGGAUUUUCUAAUAAAGAAGCUUCUUCAAGCAUUGGACAAUAUGGAAAUGGCUUCAAGACUAGUACAAUGAGACUUGGGGCAGAUGCAAUUGUUUUCACUCGCUGCAUGAAGAGAAGUGUACUAACUCAAAGUGUGGGUCUUCUUUCAUAUACAUUCUUGAGGCAAGAAGCUUACAAUGAUGUAGUAGUGCCUGCUGUGGAUUACUCCUUUGAUCCCUCCCAUGGUGUAUUGACCAAAUUGUUUCAUAAUAGUGAAGAGCAAUUCUUUUCCAAUUUGUCUGUUCUGUUGAAAUGGUCCCCUUUCCUCACGGAAAAUGGUUUGCUAGAGAAUUUUAACGAUAUGGGAAGUCAUGGUACCAAAAUAAUCAUAUAUAACUUAUGGCACAAUGACAUGGGGGAGACAGAACUUGACUUUGAAACUGAUGAAAAGGAUAUAUUGAUAAGUGGAGCGCCUAAUCAAGUGCGUACAAAUAGUAUUUGUUUGCAAAAAACACAAAACCAUAUUGCAAGGAGAUUUUGCUAUUCUCUCCGAGUAUACUGCUCAAUUCUAUACUUGCACAUGCCAGACAAUUUCAAAAUUAUGUUACGCGGAUGUGAAGUAGAGCACCGUUAUAUAGCCAGAGAUCUCAAAUACUGUGAAUGUGUUAAGUACCGACCACAUGUUAGUGGGAAGAUAGAGGAGGCUGAGGUUGUCACCACCAUUGGAUUCUUGAAAGAAUUUCCACAUGUCAAUGUUCACGGAUUCAAUAUAUACUACAUGAACCGGUUGAUUUUGCCGUUUCACCAUGUAGCAAGUCAUAGAGGCAAAGGUGUGGUUGGUGUACUUGAGGCGAACUAUUUAAAACCCACACAUGACAAGCAAGGUUUUGAAAGAUCAAGUCUAUAUGAAAAGCUCGAGGCUCGAUUGAAACAAAUGACAUAUGAGUACUGGGUGCAUCAUUCCCAUCUGGUUGGUUACGAGAAGAAAAUUCCUGGCUCAGCUGCAUAUCAGUCUGUUGCUCACCCAUUGCAUCCUUCUUCUGGGUGUAGCAUUAUGCCCAUCCCUGUUAAUACCUCCACAACAUCAAUAGACACUACAUGUAUGGUUUCCAUCCCUGGAAAAUCUAUCAUCAAUCACAAUGCAAGUUCUGUGCUAGGAAUGAAAAGAAGACCUGAAGAAUCCAUUGAAAAGAAGGAAUCUCCUAGAAAGCAAAAACACUACAGUCUUGGGAAAGAUGCCAUAGAACAAACAAAAUUUCAAUCCGAGGCAAGUAAUUGCGCUGGAUGGCAAAAAGGUGUGGAUAUAAAAGCCUUGAUACAAGAAAAUAUCGAAGCGCAUGAAGAGUGCUUAGAGCAUGAAAGAAUACAGAAAGAGCUGUUGUGCAAGGUUGAAAAGCUUAAGCAUGAACUCGAACAAGUCCAGCACCAUUUCACAAAAUUGUCUAAUGAGCUCUUAACGAACGGAAGUAAGAUGGAGGCUUGUGUGAAGUUUGAGAGUGACAACAAAUUUUUGAAAGGUUUUUAUGUAUAGAUAAUAUACAUUUAGACUGAUUCCAGGGAGACGAUCUGUUAUGGAAAUCGGAGUUCCUUUUCUCACAUUUUCCAUUCCGUAAAUGACUACAAUGGAACGUGUAGUUGAAAGUUGUUUCUUGAGCAAAUAUCUAAAAAAAUCUUUGCACAUUA